AUGUCAGGCAACACCAUUGAGGAUGUGGUCAAAAGGCUGAGCACGCCUGAGACAGAACUCCGGGUCAAGGCAGAAGCUGCGACAACACUGCGCGACAGUCUUGACCACUAUGUCACCGGCCAGACCUACCCACUCUUCCUCAAGAGGAUGAUGCCCAUCUUCCUCAACAUUCUGAGAGGGCCAUGCGUUUUCCACACGAAGCCACUAGACCAGGCGAACCUCCAGAAGCUGCGCAAUUGCAUCCUGGAUAUCCUCCACCGAUUACCGACGAGUCCCAGCCCUCCCGAGCCCUUUGAACCGUUUGCCGAGGAGGUCGUGGACCUUCUCAUGGAUCUGGUCAGAAAUGACAAUGAAGACAACGCAAUCCUUUGUGUGAAGAUUGUAUCGGAUAUCAUGCGACACCAGCAUAAGGUGCUGGCCGGCAAGGUGCAACCGUUCUUGAAUUUGAUUCAGGAACUAUUUGAUCAAGCGGGCCGAGUGGUGCGUGAGCAGCUUGACAACACCCCAGCCACGGGGAAUCUGGCUGGGAAUCUUCCCGGGGCACCAUCCACCCCUGGGAGUUCUCAGACUACCUUCCUGCAGCACCAGCAGUCCCCUCGGCCGGGUUCUCCUGUGGUCCCAGGCCAGGACUUCGCCCCAGAGACUGGCCAGCAGCCUGGCCGGCCCCUGCUGAAAGGAAUGCAAUCCUUCAAGGUCCUGUCAGAAUGCCCCAUCAUCGUGGUGUCUAUCUUUCAGGUCUACCGGAACACGGUCAACCACAAUGUCAAAUUAUUUGUGCCUUUGAUCAAGUCUGUCCUUCAACUUCAGGCUACGGCCCAGGAGCAGGCACACAAGGAUGCCGCAGCCAGGGGCACCAUCUUCACCGGGGUCAGCCCAAACAUUAAGAAUCGGGCAGCCUUUGGGGAGCUUAUCACUGCCCAGGUUAAGACUAUGAGCUUUCUGGCCUAUCUGCUCCGCCAAUACUCCCAACAACUAAGCGACUUCCUCCAAUACCUCCCCGAUAUUGUGGUGCGACUUCUGAAGGAUUGCCCACGAGAAAAAUCGACCGCCCGGAAGGAGUUGCUCGUUGCUAUCCGCCACAUCAUAAACUUCAACUUCCGGAGGAUUUUCCUGCCAAAGAUCAACGAGCUUCUAGAUGAGAGAAUCCUGAUCGGAGAUGGCCUCACCGUCCAUGAGACUAUGCGGCCGCUAGCCUAUAGUAUGCUAGCGGACCUGAUUCACCACGUCCGGGACAGACUUGAACCCGAUCAGAUCCGAAAAACGGUUGAAGUCUACACGAAGAAUCUGCAGGACAACUUCCCGGGGACGAGCUUUCAGACGAUGAGCGCAAAACUCCUCCUUAACAUGGCGGACUGCAUCGCGAAGCUGCCGAAUAAGGUGGACGCUCGCCAUCACCUGAUCAUGAUACUAAACGCCAUCGGCGACAAAUUUGCCGCGAUGAAUCGACAGUACUCGAACGCUGUGAAGCUCUCCAAGCUGCACAGCCAGCAGGCUGACGCGGCACCUGAAUCUUACCUGGCGGAUAAGGAUCAUCUCCCCGAGUGGGACGAGAUCGACAUCUUCACAGCGAUGCCCAUCAAGACUUCGAACCCACGGGAUAGGGGGGCGGGCCCAGUCUUUGAGAACAAGUUCCUGUUUAAGAACCUUAUGAGCGGUCUUAAGAGCACCUUCUACCAGCUGAAGACUUGCAAUCCUGCACCUCCUAUCGAUCCCCAGAAUGCCCCAGCUCAUUGGCAAGAUGUGUCGUACGGCUUUACCGCCGAAGAAGUCCAGGUCAUCAUCAAGCUCUUCCGAGAGGGUGCCUACGUCUUUCGAUACUACGAAAUCGAGAAGCCCGCGGCCGACUCGCAAUAUGCGUCGCCCGUCGAGUAUAUGGCUAACUUCUACAUGGUCUCGAGCAGCAAGGAGGAGAAGGACUUGCUCGAGACAUUCGCGACUGUCUUCCACUGCGUUGACCCGGCAACCUUCCACGAAGUGUUUCAGCAGGAGAUCCCACGACUUUACGACAUGAUCCAUGAGCAUACGGGACUACUACACAUACCCCAAUUCUUCCUUGCGAGCGAGGCAACGUCGCCCAGUUUCUGCGGCAUGCUCUUGCGCUUCUUGAUGGAGCGUAUUGAAGACGUGGGAUCCGCGGACGUGAAGAAGUCGUCCAUUCUCCUACGCCUCUUCAAACUAGCCUUCAUGGCUGUGACCCUUUUCGCCAGCCAGAACGAGCAGGUUCUGCUGCCCCACGUGGUUGACAUCGUCACAAAGUCUAUUGAGCUUUCCACCAAGGCUGAGGAGCCGAUGAACUACUUCCUCCUGCUCCGUUCUUUGUUUAGGAGCAUCGGAGGGGGCAAGUUUGAGCACCUAUACAAGCAGAUACUCCCCCUGCUGGAGAUGCUGUUGGAUGUGCUCAACAACCUGCUGAUGGCCGCCCGAAAGCCCGCAGAGAGAGACUUGUACGUCGAGCUCUGUCUCACCGUCCCGGCGCGGCUCAGCAACCUCUUGCCACAUCUGAGCUUCCUGAUGAGGCCGCUUGUUGUCGCUUUGAGAGCAGGCACCGACUUGGUCGGCCAGGGACUUCGAACUCUCGAACUUUGCGUCGACAACUUGACUGCUGAUUACCUGGAUCCUAUCAUGGCCCCGGUUAUCGACGAGCUCAUGACGGCGCUGUUUGACCACCUGAAACCGCAUCCAUACAGCCACUUCCACGCGCAUACAACCAUGAGGAUCCUCGGCAAGCUUGGAGGCCGGAACCGAAAGUUCAUGACCGAUGCAACCCCCGUCUCCUUCCAGACCUACGCCGACGAGUGCUCAAGCUUCGACGUUCGGCUGAUUGGGUCCAAACGGGACCGCGCAUUUCCUGCACACAUCGGCAUCGACUUGGCGAUUCAGAAGCUGAUGGAGGCCCCCAGGGCCACUAAGGGUGUUCUGCCGAAACAAUACGAUCCAUACUACAAGAAGCAAGCCCUGAAUCUGAUCAAGGCACAGGUGAAGCUGCGCAUCGGUUUCGAUACUCUGCCGGAAGACCUCCCUCGGUUAAUCCGCCUCCAGGCCCAAGACCUGGUUGCCCGGAAGUCGGAUGCCGACUUUUCCCUCUUUGAGACCUCGGACAAGCAACGCUCGAUCGCGAAGAAAGCCGACGAAGAGGGCGUACUGAAGCGACUCAUCAAGGCCGUCAUGUUCGCGCAGUCAAUCCCCGAAUUCAAGGACGAAGCGGAAGCGAUGAUGUCGGGGCUCGCCCGCCACUUCACCAUCAUCGAAGUCGGGCGGGGUUUGGUCGACUUGAAGCGCGGCUCUAGCCCAUUCAAUGUCAAGGCUGGGGAAGGACCGCUGUACCUCGACACGCGGAUCUUUUCAGACGCCCUCCUCGAGUGUCUCGCCUCCGACAAUCCCGACGUGCGUGAUGGGGCCGAGCGGACGAUAAAGGAAAUCCACAGCACGGCUGUGACAAUUUUCGGCUCUCCCAACUACGUGUCACGGCUCGCCUUCUUCAGCAGCCUGGCCUCGACCUUCUGCCACGGCUGUUACGAGGAAGAAUGGUUCACCAAGACUGGAGGAAGCCUCGGCAUCAAGAUACUCCUCACCGACGUGGACCUCGGAGAUGUAUGGGUUGCCACGAAGCAGAUGGAGUUUAUCCGGGCUCUGAUGUAUGUCAUCAAGGACAUGCCCCAGGACCUCCCUGAGAAGACUCGGAGAUCGGCUCAGACCACGUUGGAGAUCCUUCUCACGCGGAUCACGAAGAACGCCAAGAAGGAGGAUGCCCUGGCAACACCGGCCCAGCCGGGGCAGCAGCCGCAGAAGCAACCGCGCCUCGCCCAGCUAUGCAUGCUGCUAAACGGCGAACUUGCACACAUGAACCGUCACGUUCGUGCCACAGCGAAGCGAUCUCUCGAGCUCAUCGCGAAAGCCACGGGGGCGGAGAUAUGGGAACUCGUUGAGCCCUACAAGGAUCGGCUGCUGACUCCGAUCUAUGCCAAGCCGCUACGAGCCCUCCCUUUCCCCAUCCAGAUCGGGUACAUCGACGCGAUCACGUAUUACAUGUCGUUGAAGCCGGAUUUUGUGGCCUUUGACGAGCACCUCAACCGGCUCUUGAUGGAAUCGCUGGCUCUCGCCGACGCCAGUGACGAGUCGUUGGCGGGAAAGAACCUCGAGUUUAGGACCCACGAGUUCAUCGUGAACCUGCGGGUGUCAUGCAUCAAGAUCCUGAGCACUGCCAUGGGAUUCGAAGGGUUCAUGUACGGGCAGGCGAAUCCGACCCGGAGCAAGAUCGUGUCGGUCUUCUUCAAAUGCCUCUACUCGGAGUCGAAACCAACCAUCGAGGCAGCCAACGACGCCCUCAAGGCUGUCCUGUCCCACACGACUAAGCUUCCGAGGGACCUCCUUCAGGCUGGCCUCAGGCCCGUCCUUGCGAGCCUCCAAGACGCCAAGCGUCUCAGCACCCACGGCCUGGACAACCUCGCUCGCCUGCUUCGCCUGCUCACGACCUACUUUAAGGUAGAGAUCGGCUCGCGGUUGCUUGACCACGUCAAGGUCAUAGCCGAGCCAAAUGUCCUGCAACAGAUCUCGUUCACCUUCUUUGAGCAGAACCAGCAGAUGAAGGUCAUCGCUGCCGUCUUCAACAUAUUCCAUCUUCUGCCUGAUCAAGCGAGGCAGUUCAAGGAGCGGGUGAUCGACGCAGUCUUGGACCUGGAGGAGAAGCUCCGAAGGACUCACCACAGCCCGUUCCGUAUUCCGCUCUACAAAUAUCUCAACCGGUACCCGCCCGAUAUUUGGGCAUUCCUCCUGAGUAAAAUCGAGGAGCCGAAAUAUGGCCGCUUCCUCGCCCAGGUCUUGCGCCACCCAGACAGCCAGCCGCUCAGGGACUACGGGGCUGCCAACGUGGAGAUCCUGGUCAAGGCCUGCAGCGAGGUCUUGGACAAGGACACCAAGUUCGCCGCUAUCAUUAACACCAUCAACAUCCUGCACGCCCUUUGCCAGUAUCCCAACAUAGAGAUCAAGGAGCACGUCGACUGGUUGAAACAAGUCGGCAGGGAUCUCGAGCGGAAUCUGAAGGCACACACCCUGCCCCCGCCCCUGCGACUUGCCGCCAACCAAGCUGCGGAACAGCUCAUGUUCAUCUUUACAAAGUCUUUCGAGCGGAAUCCUGAGGACCUGGAUCCCCUCUUCAGCCUGGUUGAGUCGAUCACCGCGGAUGACUUGCGAGCCACGCCGGACCUUUUCUCGUAUCUCUACCGGAACAUCAUCUGCAGCGAGUCUAUCGACUUUUGGAGGACCACAGUACUUCGGUGCCUCGAUGUCUAUGCUGGGAAGAGCGCCAGCCAGAAGACCAAGUGUUUCUUGCUGCACAACAUCGUCAACCCGAUCGUGGCAAUGGACGUGAUGCGCCAUUGGAACCGGCCGGUGCAGCAUCAGCGGCUUCUGGACAAGACGGUCAUCGACUCCAUCAACACCAAGAUCUGGAGGGCGAAUCUGUCCGACCCCCAGGAAGACCUUCUCCAGCCUGGCAUCGAUCACACGCGGAUGGAGGUCCUUCAGCUCUCCGCCAUGCUUGUCAAGUACUACCACCUUAUCUUGGCAGACGCUCGUAAGGACUUCAUCAAGUUUGGCUGGACUUACAUCCGCCUUGACGACGUCAUCAACAAGCAUGCGGCGUAUGUGGUGAUAGGGUACUUCAUCGCCCACUAUGAUACUCCGGCGAAGAUCGUGACCCAGAUUUACUUCUCGCUCCUCAAGACGAAUCAUAACGAAGGCCGUGCCCUGAUCUCGCAGGCCCUGGAAUUGAUCGCGCCCGUCCUCCCGAGCCGCUGCUCUGGCCCUCCCAACGAGAGGAAUCCCGUCUGGGCGGUGGCGCCUCGCCGAAUCCUGGCAGAAGAGAGCCAGAACGUCCAGCAGAUGACCAACAUAUUCCACUUCCUUGUCAAGCACCCGGACCUGUUCUAUGACUCUCGCGACAAGUUCGCCAUGUUCAUCAUCACGUGUCUCCGCAAAGUCUCUUCUCCCCCGAAUCCUUCCAAUGAAAGCAAGAAGCUGGCAUUGCACAUGAUGUGGUUGAUCUGGAAAUGGGAACAGCGUCGUGUCGAGGGCAAGCGCAGCGAGCCCGACCGCGGAGCUUCCGAAUCGCCGGCCAGCAAGAAGCGCAAGCUCGACGACGCAAAGGCUGCGUCCCCGUCCUCGGCGAGACAGGUUGCCCCGGCAGAGAGGCCCGACUUCCAGAUCCCGGCGAUUGGCAGGCAAAAGAUGAUCAAGUAUCUCGUCGAAUUCAUCGCCCAGCUGAACGAGCGGUACCAGCUCCCAUCCGCGAAGGUGAAGGAGGCGGCGUCAGGGGCUGGGCCGGCUCUCAUGCACCAGCCCUCUCACGAACUCUGCUCUCGGGCCAUGACCCUGCUCUAUAAUCUCCUGCAGCCCCAGUACUGGGGUGACCUUGACGUCGACCUGUUUCCCAACGUCACCGACGUCGUCUUGGCCAGUGACAAGACCACUGCGGUUCUUGCGGCCGAUCCUUCCGACAAGGAGAAGUACGAUGACAAGUUCAUCACCAACAUCAUCAAUACUCUGCAGGUCGUGCGCAUCAUUCUCAAUUUCAAGUCCGAUGAGUGGGUGCUCCGGAACGUGCCGCAGAUCCAGAAGAUCCUGGAGAAGUGUCUCAAGUCGGAGAACCCCGAGUUGCAGGACUGCCUGCACACCGCCGACAAGGAACUCGACGGUGGCCGCGACCUGAAGCCGACUGUCAUGCGGAUCCUGGAUGCGGUUCCAGAAGAUGUGCCCAUGGAAGAUGCCGAUGCCGAGGGGGAACCGGAGGCACCGACUUCCGAGAUCAUCACCUUCCUGUCCGGCAUCGCCACGGAGAGCAUGAAUGCCGGCAACUACGUCUCGGGCAUCAACCUCCUCUGGUCCUUGGGGCUCCGCAGGUCCACCGUCAUCGACCAGCACGUCCCCGCGAUAAUGAAGUCGCUGCAGGCGAAGCUUGCGCGCGACCAUGUGUCGUACUACGCAACCCUGGCACAGCAGGGGAACCCUGCGGCUAGGCCGCCGCAAGACCCGAAUGCUCCGGCUGAGAUGAAUCCGUACGACCUGGAAAUCCAGACGGGCCUGAUCAUGAAAGCAAUCGAAGUCACCGCCCUCCGGAUGGAGAUUCUCGGCGACAACCGCCGGCCUUUCCUGAGCGUGCUCGCAACCCUCGUGGAGAAGUCGCUGCACAUCCCUCUGUGCGAGAAGAUCCUCGACAUGGUCGAAGGCUGGGUGUUCCGCUCCGAGGGGACGUGGCCGACUCUCAAGGAGAAGACGGCCGUGCUGCACAAGAUGCUGUCCUUCGAACAUCGGCAGGAUCCCACGAUGCUGAUGAAGUUCCUCGAUCUUGUGAUUAGGAUUUAUGAGGACCCCAAGAUCGCACGAACCGAACUCACCGUCCGGAUGGAGCACGCUUUCCUGAUCGGCACGAGAGCCCAAGACGUCGAGAUGCGGAACAGGUUUAUGGCAAUCUUCGACAGCAGCCUGUCCAAGACUGCGCGCGCCAGACUCGCCUACGUGAUCGUGUCUCAGAACUGGGACACCCUGGCCGACUCGUAUUGGCUUGCCCAGGCAUCACAGCUUCUCCUCGCCACGGUGGAGGCGAACACCGCCAUCCAGAUGCAUCACGAGGACUUCAAAAUGCUCCCGGCUUCACAGCUCUUCGGCACCCACGCCAAGGACUCGCGGGAGCCGAGCAACAUGGCCGAUGACAAGUUCGACGCCAUGAUGGCCGGUCACCGUCGGUUCGUCGGCGACCUUGGCGAUGUCAGGGUUCGCGACAUCAUCGAACCCCUAUCGCAGCUCCAGCACACCGACUCCAACCUGGCGCACGAGAUCUGGGUCGUGUUGUUCCCCAUGUUUUGGUCAGCGACCGCCCGCGAGGACCGAGGCGAUCUCGAACGUGGCAUGGUGACGUUGCUUACGAAGGACUAUCACGCCCGCCAGCUGGACAAGCGGCCCAACGUGGUGCAGUCUCUCCUCGCAGGUGCUGCCAUGGCCUGGCCGGAUUGCAAAAUCCCACCUCACGUCCUCAAGUUCGAGGCCAAGACGUACGAUGCCUGGUACACCGCCCUCGUACAACUCGAGAAGGCCGCCAUAACGCCGGAGAUCGACUCGGCGAACGUCCGGGAGAGCAACUUGGAUGCCCUCGUCGACCUCUACGCAUCGCUGUCGGAAGAAGACCUGUUUUACGGCACUUGGCGGCGGCGCUGCCAGUUUGUCGAGACCAACGCGGCCCUGUCGUUUGAGCAGAAUGGCAUGUGGGACAAGGCGCAGAAGAUGUGGGAGGCGGCACAGGUUAAAGCUCGCACCGGCGCCAUCCCCUUCUCCCAGGGCGAGUACAUGCUCUGGGAGGACCAGUGGGUGAUCUGCGCGCAGAAACUCCAGCAAUGGGAGAUCCUGCAGGACUUUGCCAAGCACGAGAACUUUCAAGAUCUGCUUCUCGAGUGCGCCUGGCGAAACACGGAGAUGUGGCAGACGCAGGAGCACAGGGAGCAGCUGGACACGCUGAUCAAGGGCGUCAUGGAUGCGCCAACUCCGAGGCGGUCCUUCUUCCAAUCUUUCAUGUCGCUCCUCAAGUUCCACAACAAGCAAGAGCCCAUCCAGGACUUCAACAGGGUGGUGGACGAGUCGAUCCAGCUGUCCAUCCGCAAGUGGCAUCAGCUCCCGAGGCGCCUCACCCAGGCCCACAUACCGCUUCUUCAGAACUUCCAGCAGCUAGUCGAGCUUCACGACGCCAGCGUCAUCUGCAACAGCCUAGCCUCGACCAACCAGGGGAACCUGGACGUCAAGUCCGGAGAGCUCAAGCUGCUGCUGGGCGCCUGGCGAGACCGCCUCCCCAACACGUGGGACGACAUCGUGGCAUGGCAGGACCUGGUGACCUGGAGGCAGCACAUAUUUGGCCUCAUCAACAACACCUAUCUCCAGCUGCUGCCACCGCAGGGCCAGAAUGCCGGUGGCGCGUCGUUCGCCUAUCGCGGCUAUCACGAGACGGCCUGGAUCAUCAACCGCUUCGCCCAUGUCGCGAGAAAGCACAGCCUCCCGGACGUCUGCAUCAGCCAACUGAGCCGCAUCUACACGCUCCCCAACAUUGAGAUACAAGAAGCUUUCCUGAAGCUAAGGGAGCAGGCUAAGUGCCACUACCAGAACCCCGACGAGCUGACUAGCGGGCUGGACGUCAUCAACAACACCAACCUCAACUACUUCAGCGCCCCGCAGAAGGCCGAGUUCUACACGCUGAAGGGCAUGUUCCUGGAGAAGCUCAAGCAGAAGGAUGAGGCCGACGCCGCCUACGGGACUGCCCUGUACUUCGACAUCACCGCCGCGAAGGCCUGGGCCGAGUGGGGCCACUUCAACGACCGCAAGUUCAAGGAGGAUCCUUCGGAUCCGACGACGGCGAAGCAGGCCCUCACGUCAUACCUGCAGGCCGCCGCGAGCUACAAGAACCACAAAUCGAGGAAGCUCAUCGCGCGCAUCCUGUGGCUCCUGAGCCUGGACGAUGCCAACGGCACCAUCGCCUCCGGAUUCGACGACUUCAAGGGCGACAUUCCUGUGUGGUAUUGGGUCACGUACAUACCCCAGCUCCUGACCGGCCUCAGCCACAAGGAGGCGCCUCGAGUCCACAGCAUCCUCCUGAAGAUCGCUAAGAGCUACCCCCAGGCGCUCUACUUCCAGCUGAGAACCAACCGGGAGGACAUGCUGGCCAUCAAGAAGAACCAGGAGGCCAAGGCGAAGAUGCGGCAGCGGGCGCAGUCGGCGGCAUCCGGCGGCAAGCCGAGCAGCUCGCCGCAGCAGCCAAGACAGGAGACGCCGGCCGCCAAGACUGCCGAGGGCUCGUCGAGGCCCGCGACGGCCAACGGAGAAGGUACGCCGCAGGUGAAGAACGAGGGCGCCGAUGCCAGCGCCGCGCCAGCCGCCUCCGCUACGCCUACCGCACCCGGUGGUGCUCCUCAAGGCGACCAGCCCGGGACCGCCGCACAGAAGAAGUAUCCGUGGGACCUGGCCGAGGAGAUCAUGAGCGUCCUCAAGACUGCUUUCCCUCUACUUGCCUUGUCCAUGGAGACCAUGGUCGAUCAGAUACAGAAGAAUUUCAAGUGCCCGCCGGACGAGGAUGCGUACCGACUCAUCGUCGCCUUGCUGAACGACGGCCUGGCAUACGUCAGCCGCAUGCCCACCUCGUACGCCAAAGACGUCAAGCUGCCCUCGGCGACCGAGACGAACAUCACCCGCUUCGCCGAGACGAUCCUGCCAACACACAUCCGGAAGACGUUCGAGGUCGAUUUCGUCGAGGUCAAGCCGACAAUGUACGAGUACAUCCACAAGCUACGCAAGUGGCGCGACAAGUUCGAGGAGAAGCUCGACCGGCGCCGCUCCCCCGUCCCGUUGGAGAGCUACUCUCCACACCUCAGCGAGUUCCGAUACCACAAGUUCGACGAGGUCGAAAUCCCGGGCCAGUACCUGCAGCUGAAGGACAAGAACCAGGACUUCAUCCGGAUCGACAGGUUCCUACCCAACGUGGACCUCGUCCGCACCAUCGGCGGUUCCCAUCGGCGGCUGAGGAUUCGCGGCCAUGAUGGCAGCGUCCAUGCCUUUGCGGUCCAACAUCCGGCGGUCAGGCAAUGUCGUCGUGAAGAGAGGAUCCUCCAGCUGUUCAGACAGCUCAAUCAGACCUUGAGCAGCAAGAAGGAGAGUCGCCGCCGGGAUCUCCAGUUCACUCUCCCGUUGAUGGUGCCUCUCGCGCCCCAUAUCCGGAUCGUGCAGGAUGACAGCUCGUACAUCACCCUCCAGGGCGUGUACGAAGACUACUGCCGGCGCAACAACGUGGCCAAGGAUGAGCCGGUGUUGUUCACCAUGGACAAGCUGAGGGGUCUUGUAGAACAUAAGGGAAUGAAACCCGGCGACCAGAACGUGACUGCCCGCCUGGAAGUGCUCUCGGCCAUUGCGGAGAAAUGGGUCAAUCACAUGGCGGUGUUGGAGUACUUCCAGCAGACCCAUCCCCAGUUUGCCGACUUCUGGCUCUUCAGACGGCGCUUCUCGUACCAGCUCGCGGCGUUGACCUUUAUGACGUACAUUCUGCAUAUCGACAAGCGGUACCCGCACAAGAUGCACAUCGCGCGCGGGUCAGGCAAUAUUUGGGGCUCGGAACUCGUGGCUUCCAUGGCGCAGAACAGGCCGUUCUUCCAUAACCAGGAGCCGGUGCCGUUCCGUCUCACGCCGAACCUCCAGACCCUGAUGGGACCCCUGGCGACAGAGGGCAUCUACAGCUGCUCGAUCAUGGCGAUCGCGCGCUGCCUGACGGAUCCCGAGUUCCAGCUGGAGCACGCGCUCACGCUCUUUGUGCGCGACGAGAUGAUGCACUGGUUCACGAGCAGCCACCGGGCGCUCAACAUCAGCGAGAACCAGCUGCGGGAGGCGGUGCAGACGAACAGCGAGAUGAUCGUUAAGAAGGCCGUCUCACUGGCAAAGGCACCGGUCGGCAACCUGCCGGCCAACCAGACGGUCAUCGACCUCAUCUCCAAGGCCGUCAACCCGAUGAACCUUGCCAUGUGCGACGCGCUCUGGAUGCCGUAUCUCUGA